CGCCUGACGGGCUACACUUUUCAACGACCACUGCGAAUUCUCCAAUCCUCUCUUCUUGUCUACUUUUCUGGUUCUCUGGACUGUCGACAUGUUCGGCGCCUUCAACCGAUUCAUCGGGCUAGAGGCCGAGCCCGCCCAGCAACCCCGAUCGUCGACAGCGGACAACUCCUUCGGCUUUCAGGUACUCCGCAACAAGGAUCCGGAGGUGCCUCUAGAGCCGUGGUUUGACUUUAUCAUCGGCAUCAAUGGACGAUUAAUCGAAGACCCAGACCCAAACCUCUUCGCAACCGAAGUUCGCAACUGCGCCGGCUCCCGCGUAACCUUUGAAGUCUGGAGCGCCAAAGGCCAAAAGUCGCACACCGUCUCCCUCCCCAUCCCCGCCCACAACCCCACCCUCAACCUCGCCGUGCAACUCGCCCCGCUCGCCUCCACGCAGAACAUCUGGCACGUCCUGUCGAUCCCCUCGCCGCUGAGCCCCGCCUACCGCGCGGGUCUCCUCCCGCACUCCGACUACAUCAUCGGCACGCCCAGCGGCACGCUGCGCGGCGAGGCCGCGCUCGGCGAGCUGGUCGAGGACCACCUGGACCGCACGCUGGUGCUGUGGGUGUACAACAGCGAGUUCGACGUGGUGCGCGAGGUGCAGCUGAUCCCGACGCGCGGCUGGGGCGGCGAGGGGGCGCUGGGGGCGGAGUUGGGGUUCGGGGCGCUGCAUCGGUUGCCGGUGGGGUUGGGGGAGGAGGUGGAGGGGCCCGGGGAGGUGGUGUUUGAGACAGUGGGGGGUACGGAUGGGCUUGGGGCGGGGUCGAGGCAACAACACCAACAACAACAACAACACCAACCGCACUUCAUUGUACCGGCUAAUCUCAGCUCCCCGCCGCCGCCGCCGAUGGCAGGGACCCCGACGAAUCGCGUGGCGAGUCCGGCAUCGGCGGGGGCGGUAGCCAGCCAUGGACGAUCAUCACAUCGCAAGGCGAGAGCGGCGCCGAGUGCGUCGGCGUUUGAUGAGUAUUUCGCAGAGGGGCUGCAGAAGAGUCAAGAGCAGGACUAUGCGCCAUCGAGUCGGAAGGGGACGCCCUUGCCGCCACCGCCGAAGAAGGGCGAGGCGCUGCAGAGCCCUCCCCCGCCGUCUGGGGUUGCUUCGCCCAGUCCGGUUGUCGAGUAGCUAUGAAGCGAGCAAAAGAACCAAGGCCAUGUCUGUGGGUUCAGUGCCUCCGUCUAGUAUGUAUUUCAUCUCCCGGAGUGGAGCGGUUAGGGUUGGUUCGACUAGAUCUGCGAUCUUAGAUCCCAGUUUGUAGCGUAGACGGAGG